AAUCGGAGCGUCUCAUUAGUCCGUGAACGCAUCAGCGGCGCGCUUCGGUGGUGCUUGUGUUUCUGCUGCAGCACGCAGAUGGGAUGGAAACAGUGAGAGCAAAGCAACAGGUUGGGGUUUAUGAAGUGUCUGCAGAUUGAUCUGGCUACAGGGUUUGGUUAAAUAGACUGGAGGUGGAGGAGUGGAGGUAUGUGCAGGUUUCACUGAUGAACAGAAGCACGUGCUGUGGACGAAUUCAACGUAUAUUAAGAUAUUUGGCAUGCAUUAUUAAGCUUUUUUGUCGGGGAAAGCAUCAUCUGGCGUCCAGGUAACAACCACAUGUGAGAAGUUCUUUUAACACGUCUGAUGCUUGGAUGCACUGGAUAGCAGGCACUUUUGAAACCAUUGUUUAGACCUUAAUAUUCACACAGGGUUUAGAAACUGUAAAACCCCUGAAACUCGGGCUCCUCAAGAUGCUCUCCGUGGCGUUUCUCUUCUUUGCGCUGGGCGGUUUUGCUCAUCUGGACACUUUUACGCACGGGUGCCAGCUCCCUUCUGAGUGGCGGCCUCUGAGCGAGGGCUGCCGGGCGGAGCUGGCGGAGAUCAUCGUGUACGCCCGGGUGUUGGCGAUCCACCGGGAGCCCCUCGGCGGCGGGGCCGGCAGCCUGUACAACUCCCUGCCUUUCGGGUUCGGGUAUGGGUACGAAGGCGCAGAGGAAGGGCUGCUGUACUCCGCGGAGGUAGAGCUGCUGUGUGAUCAGGCCUGGGGCAGCAUGCUGGAGGUGCCCACUGGAUCAAGACUCAACCUGACUGGACUGGGGUACCUGUCUUGCCAGUCCCACACUGUGAUGGAGAACUACUCCUACUUCUUUUUCCUGAGGUGAGGUCCAAAAGGGAAGGAAACAUUAGACACACAGUGGAUCUAGACUGCAGCCCAUGAUACUCUUUUCUAGACAGGAGUGCUCUCUGUAAUCUGCAUAGAUAUUUGAAACAGUACACUUUAUAGUAAAAGUUUGACUUUUGCAACUUUGCAUUUUCUUACAUAUGAAAUGCACCAACCAAAAGAACUUAAAUGUCAAUAUUUAUUGAUUCAAUGCAGGUUAAAAACUUCUUAUAUCUCCUGCCGCAGCAUCACCUUUCUCCUCAUAGUUUAAUCCAAAUAUCUCUUCUGCAGGAUGGAUGAGAACUACAACAUCCUCCCCCAUGGAGUCAACUUCCAGGAUGCAAUCUUUCCCGACACGUCCGAGAACAGGCGCACCUUCUCCAGCCUCUUCCAGUUCUCUAACUGCACCCAAGGGAGCCAGCCUUUCCACACCUUCAGCCCAGAGUGGGAUACACAAGAGGACAGCAGGGUAAGGGGUUGCACACUUUUUAUUAUCUUGUAUAAACCGUCAUGCACCAGCAGUCAAAAAAACAAGCUGUUGAACAUACACUUUGGAGUCAUCUGGAGUCAGGUCAGCUUCAUUUUUGGUUCAUUGUUACAUUUUAAAGGAAGGAGAUAUGCCUGUAUCCAGUUGCCGUGGAGAUGAUGGAUUGAAAAUCCAGAUUGACAGCAGGGUGAUUUGUGUGUUCACAGCUAUUGGAAUUAUGUGUUUUUUUUUUUUAGUGUCAUUAUCAGCUCUGGACUAUAGCCUCUGUACCUGCGACCCAACAUUGUCAAAUUUGACCUCAGCUGUCAGCUCUAUCAGCACAACAACAAUCUUGGUUUGUACAUGCAUGAGGGAAAUAUUCUCAAGACAAAUCUCCUGAAGAUGUAAACUGUUUGGUUUUGGUGCCAUAAAUCGCUGUGUUGGAAUCCCAGCUGAUGACAGUGGUGACAGGUUUUAAGAAUAACGCUGUAAAAACUGUCGAUCUCCAGGAUGAUGAACUGGUUUGCUUUUGCGGGUCAAACGGAGGCAUUAGCUACAAAUUCAGACUGUUAAAUUGCCGGUUGAAACUAACUCACUGAAGAUUUAAGUGUAUUUGGGGACACCUAAUCCUGAGCUGAAGUUUGUGACUCUGCUGACAGGAAUGUGGUGAAGAUCAGUGGAAACAGAGUGUAACAACCCUCUGGCACAGCGCACAGCAACACACACACAUUUCGCAUCACUGCUCUGGUCUUUGAAAGGAUAAAUAAACACAAACACAUGCACAGAAGAAGAAUCGAUUUCUCUUUUAAUAGAUUCCCCGCAUGUGAUUGGUCAUGUGCGAUCACGUCCCCCCGCCAGCUGAAGAUCAAAGCAGUCGCUCAUUGGUCAGAGUCUGGAGAAGUCUGGUUCCUCAGACAGACGGGAUACUGGCCGUGAAGAGGUCAAAGGUCGAAUAGCAGAGCUCCACAUUUUCUGACAGGUAAUAGUUCGAAAGCCUGUCAGUCUGCGGCUCAUAUCAGUGUGAAGCAACGCAGCCUGCUGAGCUGAAAAACAGAGAUAAGAUGAAAGUAUGUCAACAGAGGAAGACAGAUUCGCAGUUUGUUUGUGUUUAUUAUCACACCUCGUCUGAGUGAUCUGAGCAACCCAAACAACGACACAGAGCAGCACAAUGAGGAGGAAACUACUUCAAGUUUCGCUCUUAUUUUGAAAAGAUACAAGGGGGACUGUAUGUUAGUAUGGAUGACACACCUCCAUCACCUUCCUUUGGAAUAAGUAAUGCCAAAAAACAGCCUUGAGUGGUAUUGACAAAUUAUAUUAUUGGCGUAGUUUGCACAAGGCAUGAGCAGAGUCAAUCUGGCUACUGGACUGCAUAUUGCAACCCUUUCACGUACCAAAAUACACAUUAGGAGCAGAUAAAAUACCAAAGAUAACUCAGGUGGGUUCGGUCCACAAUAGACUAUCUUCUUGAGUUGAUUUGAAGUAGAUUCUCACGGUUAUAGAAAGUUCAAUUUCUCUUUUGUCAGCAACUGACGUCUUUGUUCAAAUGGAUCUGACCUUCAACUGUCUACAUUUGGACAUUUAAAGCAAUUGUACUAAAACAGGGUGCCAACCACAAGAUUUCUGCCUGAUCUGGCAAAUGUAAGGUGUCAGGACCCCCGUGGGCUUCAAAAAUGGAUUUUAUCUUCUGUAGUUUGUCAAAGUGGACAACAGUGGUGGCCAUCUCUGGGGUGUCUCACCACCUUCUGACAGAAAAUCUGGCACUUUCGACUAAUUUGAGUUGUCCCAUCUUGAAUUCCAUCCAUUUUCUACCGCUUAUUCUGUUUCUCGGGGGGCUGGAGCCUAUCCCAGCAUCUUUGGGUGAAGGCAGGGGACACCCUGGACAAGUCACCAGUUCCUUGCAGGGCUGACAUAUAGAGAUGAACAAUCAUCCACGCUCACAUUCACUCCUAUGGGCAAUUUGAAAGUGGCCAAUUAACCUAAUUUCACUUCUGCAUGUUUUUGGGAUGUGGGAGGAAACCGGAGUAAACCCACACAGACACAGGGAGAACAUGCAAACUCCACACAGAAAUGCCCUGACCUGGAUUCAAACCCAGGACCUUCUUGCUGUGAGGCGACAGUGCUAACCACUACACCACUGUGCCGUCCCCAUCUUGAAUUAUAAAAUAUUAUUUCUGUAGUUUUUCUUUCUUUUUAUGAUUUAUUUCUUAAUUUGUCAGACAAAUGUUGUUAAUGCACAAUCAUACUUAUCAUCAAAGUCUUGAGAAUUUAUCUGAAUUAAUCUCCAAUGUCUCCAAAUUUGACUCAGACGUCCCUUACUUUAAGACUUUUCUUGGGACCUCUCUACAAAGACUUCUUCUUGUCUUUAAAACUUUAUGUCCAGACUUAAACCACAAGUUUUACAUGUCCUUAGCGACCUCAUUGACUCAUUUAAUGACUUGAACUUCCUUUUUCGUCUCCUCAAAAAUACUCAAAAUAACCUCUUUUUUCCCUGUAAAUCAAUAAGUAAAGGAUCUGUAUUAUAAGCAGAGUUGCAGUCAUAGAGAAACCAUACGUUUGCAGCUUUUUUUUCAUGAACAGACAGGAAGCUGCACCUCGUUUGUGAUUGACCAGAACACAAAGUACAUCAAUAAUCAAUUUUGACAUUUUGUUUUACGUCAGGAGUCAAAACAGCGCAUCUAAAUCAUGAAGAAUAUUUGUUUGGUGUCCUCCUCUCACCUUUUCUUCUGCUUUGGCCCCUAAGGUCUGGUCCCUGCGUUAAAGGGUCAAAGGUCAGGGAUUAAGGGUUAAAGACACUCCUCAUUCACAGGACGAGCGCUCACAUGUAGAGUCCACGACCUGCAGGUGAGGCGGGACAAAACAGGUGUCUACCUCCAGGAAUUUACAGAGCCGGAUGAGGUUGUUUCAUAUUUCUCUACUUGAAAUUCUGUGUUUUGUUCCAAAGUAUCCUCAAAUUCUUUCCCUGCCUGUAUCAGUCUCUGUGAGCUGGGAGGUUUCCAGACCUCCUCCAGCUGGGCUUCAAAUACAAAACAUCCUUAAAAUUGGAGUGGGGAGGUGGUUUGCUUCUGGUUUCAGCCUCGUGGGAACCAGACGCCCCUGCAGGAGGACAGACAAGAGACUUCCUCCACUUUUCUUCCCGAACCUUCAAUUAGCUUUUGUUGAAGCCUCCUCUUAUCAGCGGCACUCAGAGCAGCUUUAAGCAGGAGCAGGAGGUAAAGGCUGCACCGAGCCCACUAAUCAUCUCUUUAAUACAGAUCCCUUUCCUUUAUGCCUUAUACAGAUUAUCUCCAGCCUUCGCUUGACGGGCCACAGUGAGAUAGACUCGAAUUCCCCAAAUACUUCUUCAUCAGCACAUUUUUGUGUUUACACGCGCUCUAACGGCCUCGCAGUGAGGGGAUACUCCCCCGUUUGAACUGUCAUGUGAACACCUUUAACAAGUUUUCUGAAGCUCAUUAACAUUUUAUGUGGACGCUGGAGGGAGAAAAGAAAGACAACGCAGUUUUCACACAGUUUCACGCAGCGGUUAAAGCCCAGGAUGAAUACACCGUGCAACUUUGUGUGUGUGUGUGUGUUUGUGAGGGUGUGUGUGUGAAGUCCUCUCUGUGUCCCCGGCUUUUUCUCUCUCAUCUUUGUUUUUCUUCUCCCUCGGCCUCCCUUUUGUUCGCUUUAUCUCUUCAUCUGUCUCCAGUUCUUUCUAUCUUAUUGUUUUUUAAGCACCUAUCCCCCAUGCGCACACACACACAGGCACACACAUAUGCAAAGAAACACACAUUCAGUGCAAACUAAAACCUCAUGAGAAAAGAAGGGACCCAAGUCUGUGUCUUUGACGUCAAUAGCGAAGCUUUAAAGACGCCGUGAAGAGGGGGUUGUGGGGCGUUCAGGGGGACUCACGCUGAGUCUUUAUAUGAAGUAAUCAAAAGUCUGUGGAAAUAAAUGAACACUCAGGUCGGGUUGGACACACACAGAAGCACAUCUCUGAGCGCCUUCAGUCCGUCUAUAUGAUCCGUCUUUUCUUCAUUUCUCUUAUUUCAGUGGUAUUAAGUGUUUGAAGAUGCACAGUGUGGUCAAAAAGGACACCUGCUGGCAUGUGAAUAGCGCUGCAGUGCAGCUUCUACUUUAAAUGAGUUUGAAAUGAAUCUCAUGUCGUCACAGUUAAGGUAUAAAAACAUCUGCAGUGAUGCUGCACGUAAACUAGGGCUGCUUCAUUAUGGCAGAAAUCAUAACCACAGUUUUGAUGGAUAUUUAAAACCUCUUUUAAAGGGAUAUUCCGGUGAAAAAUGAGAGAUGAAUGUUGCCGACUGCUUGCUUCUCUAGUCAUACCAACUUUAGUAACAACCGCAGGAUAGCAAUACACAGCGGUCUGAGGAGCUAUAAAGAAACCUCAACUAAAACGCCACUCUAUAGCCACAAAUAAUGCUCAGAACAGCACCUAACUUCAUCAACAGUACAUAUAGGGUCCAGCCAAAGUACUAGCCACCAAACAUCUUCUUAACUUUGCCUGAUUUCUUUAGCAAAGAGACUAAACACAACUCACCUACUCUCUUACAGCAGCUGCUUGUUUGUAACAAGACCUCAGGCCAGUCCAUUACGGACUACAGCGGGGUGACGCAGCUCAAGGAAGAACAUUCAUGAGCAUGUGUGACCAACUGGAUGAUAUACUUUUUUUUUUCAAGUUUUAUCCACUUCUACUAAAUGGAAACAUACAUCAGAUCUUCACUUCAUUGUAAAAGCUUUGGCUUCAUUUUAGUGAUAAUACUUAAUGAAUUUAACACCAGAUUCCACUUAUAGUAACGUGAUUUUACAGAGUGUCGUAACAAAUUGUAGGUUUGAGCUCUUUUGCAGCUUACAUUUGAUCACAGUUUAAACAAAUCAUUCAGUCUAAGAUUUUGCUUGUAUUUUAUUAGGAUUCAGAAUAAUGUCUCUUACUUUAUAGCCCCUUAGCGCUUGUGCGCACUUGUGAUUACUCCAGCCUCUCCCUUUUUUUUGUUGCUCAUUCUGUCCCUUGGCAUUUCAGCUACACAUGAAUACACAAACCCUUCCUCCUCCUGCUCCUGUAAAAUGCUUUCUAACAGAUUUGAAUGCUUCAAUCUUGAGUCUGAUGGAGGUUUGUACAAACAGAAACAUAAAUUUUGUGUAAUUCAACAUGUGGACAUUUCCUACGUGUGUGUGUGUCUAUACUUGUUCACUAAAGGCUGUUUGUACAGAUGAUGCUUAACAGCAGGCAGGUAACACCCGGAUGUUUUGACAGGUGGUGUGUGUUUGUGUGCGCCUGUGUGUGUUGCAAGUGUCUCGCUGAGAGUCUUCCUAUGAAGAGCAUGAGACAGGGUUCAGGCUUUAAAUAAUGGACUAUUAUUUUGUAAUCUGGUGUAAAGUUUCUUUUUCUUUGAUAGGGUGGGAGAUGCUUCUUUUUAAGGGUCACAUUCCCUGAAUGAAAAAGUCCCUCUUGUGUCCUCUCUGUUUGGACUACUGUAGGGUGAGGCUUUCAGGGUUUUUAAAGGAGAGUCACUGAGAUUUAUGCUUUCUAAUGUGGAGAUAACUAUAAUGUUAUUUAACCAGCUCUGAAAACCAUGUCACCUUCUUUAGAUGGUUUGUAAGUUUUUAGGAUAGUUCCCAGACUCUGGCAGAUCUUCUGUAAAUGGCAGACAACAUAACAGGUUUCCCUUUUGGUCUUGGAGAAAAUUAUUAUAAAGAUACACUUUAGAUAAUCUAUAUGGAGCUAAAUACCAACACUUAACGCAUUUGUCCAUUACAUGCAGUCUUUUGCAAAUCAUGACAUACUUUAGUUGGUCAAAACUGACUGCUGUGAUUCAGAUUGGACAUUUUUACAUGGUUAUAUUUUGUACAAAUUAAAUAAUCAAGACAAAGUAGUUGAGUUACUGAGUUUAACUCAUAGACUGUAUAUAGAAUGGACACCGUCUGUCUCCUCGCUAGGUGAAGCGACCCCAAGAACAGCACCCUCUGGUGACGGGCUGCAGUAAAGGUCAUAGUUCAUAUCAGUUCAAAUCUUUGUGGCUGUUACUGUGGAAUAAAAAAAUGACUGCAGGAUUGAUUCUGGAUGUGUGUCUAACAGUAUGGUGCAUGUCUGCAUGAUUAAGAUUUUGUAUCAGAAGAAAAAGUAUCAUAUCGCACAAACCAUUGACAAACUAAUAUCACACAAUUAUUUAUGUAGUGUCUAAAAAAACAGUAAAACACUAGGGCUGGGACGAUACGCUUUUCUCCUGAUUCAAUACUUCUACAAUUUUUUGGAUGCAGAUUCGAUUUAAAUUGCAAUUCUACGAUAUUGUUGAUUUUCACGAUUUUGAGUCUGCAUUUUUAACACCAGUGAGAGAGAUUAUGAUUGUCUACUGACUAUUCCAGGAACCAUAUUUCCUUUAAAAAUACACAACAUGUAAGUCAGACUGUGUGAGCGAAUGAACGAUGUAUCCAAUGUAAAGCACUUUGAAGGUCUCUGAUAAAGCACUAUAUGAAAUCUGAUGCAUUAUUAUUAAAAAAUUGAUUUUUGAACAAAAAAAAAAACGAUUUUGAACAAAAAAAUUCAUUUAAAAAUUGUAAAACAAAAAAUUGUGAUACUUAUGUGAAUUGAUUUUUUCUCCCACCCCGAUAAAAUACUGUAUUAAACCAAACCUUUUGUUAUACUGAUGCAACACAUGGACAUCAUAGCCAUAGGAAGUGUCAGCUUGUGAGUUAAGGGUUACUUUACUGUACGUGUGUAAGUGAGUGUAAAGACUUUCCAGGGUUUGUGUAGCCCUCUUACACUAAGUGUGGUCGUACAUGAACACACACGCAUCCCCCACUGUGAUGGCUAAACUACUCACCCCUGUUAACCCCGCUGGUCGGGGUCAGCUCUGGUCUGCCAAUGAGAUGGAAAAUCAGGGCCCCUGAAACAUCAAAGUACAUGACCCUCACAUUGUCAGGGAGGCUGGGAGGUCCAUAGGCUGAAACAUUUAUGUUACACAGACAGCAUACGUGGUCCUCCUGUGUUUUUGCACUGGUAGACGGGGGCCAGUGUGGAUAAAUACAAAUGACACAGGUCAAGUCUUCCACUUUUUCCCCCCAUCCUCCGUCCUUUUAAGUCUGAUGGGCUUUGCAGAGGAGAAAAUAACAUGAGCAAGGGAGAAAUAAAAGCAAAUGUGGAGAUCAAAAGAAGAAGGAUUUUUCAAUUUAUCAGAGAGGCUGCUGGGAAAGUCACAUCACCAGUGCUCCCACACUGCAAAACCACCUGACAUCAUGGCAGCUGCUGCUUUACAACAGUUUGCUUGCUGAGAAAACAAUCUGUCCUUUAUGAUAACUCACUGCACUACUUUUCCUUUCCUCCUUUCCUCUUUUCUCCAGCUGCUGUGCUCCUCGGUGCAGGCUGCGCUCUUUGACGAGGAGGAGCGGGGUCGAAAGCUGCAGGAGCGCCUGGCCGGGGCUGAGAGGAGGAACCGGCAACUGAAGGAACGGGUUCGUAAGGUGAAGCGCUCCCUGAGGAACGCCCGCAAGGCAGCGCGAAAGGCUGAGCAGGAGGUGCAGGAGCUACAAGAGAAGCUGAAGGCUGCAGAGCGGAGGGCGGGGCACCAUCUCAACGCUAUCACACAGGAUGAGCCUCCGCCGGGGCGUUACACGAGCACAGCGAUACGCCCUCGGAUCCAGCUUUAAGUGAUCCAGUACCGCCUGCCCUAAACUGCAACCCACCUGGACUGAAAACUGGCUGUGGCGAGCGAGAGACUGCUGGGCGGUCUUUAUGUAAAGGACAAUAAAAUACUUACUGUCGCAACUAGGUCACUAUUUUAAAGAAAGAGCCGAUAGAGUCUUCUUGUACAUAAACCUCUCCUUCUCUCUUGCCAAAAUACAAAAGUGCCGGUCCAUCAGGAUCACUGUUUAUUAUGUGUUUGGAGAAAUGAAAGUGAACCAAGGGAAUCAAACAUCUCUGAUUCCUCUUGCAGGUGGAGUAAAUAUGUAUCUCUGCUUCUUUCUUCAGCUGGACUCUCAUGCUGCUCAGUGCUGCUCACAGGCAGUGAUUACAUAGGCAAAAACAACAACGCUAACAGCAGGAGCUUAAUGGAGCUGAACAAGUGAGACAUUAUUCUGUUAACCAUUCAUCUGUGUAAGUUAGAAGAAAUUCUAGUUAAUGUUACCUUUAACUAGUUAAGGAGUUAAGUACUCGACAGAUCGGAAACAUUUUCUGGGUUAGUUUAGUUGUGGCUUUGCAGGGAUUUACUUGGCUCAGAGAAGUCUUCAGAAAUGUUGGAAUAAUAUGUUUAAGAAAAAAAAACACAAUCUGGAUGUUACAGCAUCAGCUGCACUGACCAUCCCAGUAAAAGACUUCAGAAGGGGUCUGGCUGCAGACCUCCACUGUCAGGACCCACCUCCACUGAGAGGACCCGAGGUGACCUUACUUAUGACGCUCUCCUGUUUGUUUGAAGUGGUCAUCCCAUUUUGUACUUUGUCUUUGUUGAUCACAUGAACACACAAAAAAAAUCAUAUUAAUAUCAUAAACAUAAAAUAAAGCCCCAAGAAAUAAAAUAAAUGUACACGAGACAAAAUAAAUAUACUUCUCGGUCUAAUUGCUUUUAUUUUGAAAAACUUAUGGUCUGCUCAGUGGAGGUGGGUCCCCACAGUGGAGGUCUUCAACAAAGGGUCCUGACAGUGGAGGUCUGCAGCCAGACUGUCUUGGCUCUGGCCGGGUCCUAACUUCAAAAAAUACCAAGUCAUUGGAAAACAAAUUAAAAUGUACAUACAUAUAUUUUUUGUUUUGUUGCUUAAACAGAUCCAAACAAAAUGUGUUAUGUAGAUUCUAAACUGUGAUAAGGUUGCAGGACGUCUCAUGUUGUUGCCUUGCAUUGCACAGAGAGACAUCAAAUUAAUGUCACUGGCCAACAGUUUGAUGAAUUUCUGGCAUGUUAGAAAUUAUGAUCUGUCGACCGCAUACUUCAAUUUAUAAGCAAAACCACUUGCUGGUUUCCAAGCGUCUGGUCUUUUUUAUAUGACUGCAACUGAACAAAAUGGUAGACAGGGUCAGCAAACAGCAUGACGUGAUGGGGACAGCUGAAAUGAACACAAAUUUACAGUAAAUCAUGUAAAAUUAUGACCACCUGUGCAGAGGUGAUCAUUUUACUUGAUGUUUAUCGGUCAAGUCUUAUUCUCUGUUGGAAAUGAAACUGAAGUCGAACAUCUCACAACCUGGUUAAGCUGGUAAAUAUAAAACUGGAGACAGAAAUUUAAAAAAAAAAUGAUUUUUGUCUGAAAACAAAGUCCUAAUGUAGUAAUAUUGAGUGUAGCAGCUUCAUACAUCAAGACACUUUGGGUUUCUUUGCAGCUUUUUUGGUCAUUUAUUGCAUAUCAAUAAGAAACAACCAACCAUGUGAACUUAACCAAAUGCUUUUAUGUACUCAGAACCUUAAGAAGCAACGGUAACAUUGUUUUAGUUGAAAGUGACCGCUCUGGCUUGUCUAAAAAAGGUACAUUAUGUCAAAAAUAUCAGCUUGUAUGUGUAUAUUUUUGUAUAAAUGCUUAUCUGCAUAUAAAUUCUGAUUUAUAUGAACA